CCACCAUCACCACCACCACCACCACUACCAAACCUCCUUGACCUCUCCAACACCACAACCACCACCACCAUCACCACAACACACGCCUCGUCACCACCACCAGAAACAACACCAUCACGCGGAAGAGGAGGAGGAGGAGGAGAAGGGGAAGGAAGUGGAGUUGAAGGAGGAGGAGGUUAAGGAAGUGGAGGUGAAGGAGGUAACCGUGAUGAUGAUGGAGGGGGAGGAGGAGAAAGCUCAUCACCAUCACCACCAACACCAGCAUCCCCGGUUCGAUUCCCAGCAACAACAACAGCAACAACGACAACAAGAAGGACAAGCUAGUCGUUUCCAGGAAUUACCAAAGGAAGAGGAGGAGGACGAGGACGAGGAGCGGAGGAAAGAGAAAGUGGAGGAAAAAGAGGUGGAAGAGGAGGAAGAAAAGAACGAUCAUGAGGGAAUCCAAGCGACUCACUCGAGGAAGAUGAAAGAGACGGAGAGACACAGGGAAGGAGGAGGAGGAAGAGGAGGCUGCAAGUCUUCUGUGGUGGAGAUAACAGACUCUCUCUCCUCGUGGGUGUCCUGUCAGGAAGAGGAAACAGAAACGAGGAGGAGAAAUGACGAAGACACGAACACGAGGAGAGAGGAAGAGACAAGAAGAGAAGAAGGAGGAGGAGGAAGAGGAGGAAACAACAACUUAGCAAUGGAAACACAAACUGGAGGAGGAACAUGUGGAGAGGAUUGGGUGGAGGAGGACGGGAGGUGUUUUCGGCUAGUGGAGGAAGUGGCAACGUGGGAGGAGGCGGAGCGGGCGUGUGGAGGAGGAAGAGGAGGAGGAGGAGGCGCAUCUGGUCACCUGGCUGCCGUCACCUCACCUGCCGUGGCUCACCUUCUUCAGCGGCUUAUUAGUGACAGCGGCCGCCACACCCCAGAGACCGCCUACUGGAUCGGUGCCACGGACGCCCAGCACGAGAACAGCUUCACCUGGACCAGCGGAGCGCCCUUCUUCUACACAGAGUGGUUCCCCGGCUGGAGCGACCAAGGCGGCUACGGGGCCCAACCUUCUGACGAUGGGCUUGGGCUUGGCGAGGACUGCGUGGAGCUGCGGGCUGCCUACAGGCGGGCCAGCAAGGGUUCGAGGACCACCGAGCGUCUCUUUUGGAACGACAGGAACUGCGCCGCCAAGAACCCGUUCCUGUGUGAGAGGCGGGCGCCGGGAGCACCCACAGGCGAGGAGAGGUGGGCGUGCAGUCAAGAUCUGAUGGUCAGCCUCCACGGCCCGCCCACCAUCGUCACCUCGCCCGCCUUCCCCGCCCGCUACCCGCCCUCACAGUCCUGCGUCACCACCCUCACCGCCCCGCCCUCCUCCCACCUCCUGGUCGAGUUCGAUGCCUUUGACCUGGAGCCCCACAAAACGUGUGAUUACGACUGGCUGACGGUGGAGGAGAAGCAGAAGGACGAGGAGGCGAAGGGCAAGGAGGGAGGAAAGCAGAGUGAGGAGACAGGCCGAGGCAGGGGCGGAGGAGGAUCGGUGAGGCGGUGCGGGGACUGGUCUGGCCGGCUCAAGCUGCUUCGGUUUGAGAGUCGUGGAAACAGAGUCGUCUUAACCUUUUCCAGCGACUACGCCCACGGUUACUCAGGCUUCAGGGCGCGCGUGACGGCCCUUCCCGGUGGGGGGUGUGGGGACGGCCGCGAGAUGAGGUUGGGCGACUACUGUUACCUGGUGGUCCCCUUCAACCGCGUGUCCUGGGCCACAGCAACACACAUCUGCCGGGACAUGGAGGGUCAGUUGGCGCGGGUGAGCGGCAGGGAGGUGGCAGGGUGGCUCGGGGAGAGGAUACGCGCCCUGCCAGACUACAGGGGCGGGCGGCACUACUGGGUGGGCGGCUCGCUACGCCCGCACGCCCACACCUGGACCUGGAGCGACGGUACUGCGCUUAAUAUCACAGAGAUGGGCGGCGUGGAGGUUACAAGAGCCUCGGGGGACAACCAGCCACUCUGUCUCAGCCUUCAGGAGAGAGGACCUUCGCCGCUCACGUCCCCACCGCCUCUACAGCGACACACCGCCCCGCUCUCCCUGCCGCCCCUCUCCCUCCCGCCCCUCCAGCAGUCCUCCCCGCAGUCCCCUUCUCCUUCUCGACCGCUCCCUCCGCGUCCUGCCAUGGCUCUCACCGCCCACCACUGCGAACUCACGGGCGGGUUUGUGUGCUCCAGAAAAGUGCCUGAUCCUCCAUCAAGGCAAAGUCGCAUCGUGGUCGGCCAAUGCGGGAACCUGACAUCGCCUAACUACCCGUCACCUUACCCGAAUAACCUGCACCUUACCACCACCCUCCGCGGGCCGCCCCUCCACCGCCUCGUGCUCUCCUUCUCCAAGAUCGACCUCGAGUACCAGGAUCACUGCCUAUACGACUAUCUGGGCUUGCAGAGUUCGGAGGGAGACCCAAUGCUGCGAUACUGCGGCCGGCACACUACGGAGAUGGACAGGUUCGACUGGGUAUCACGCGGGAACGAAGCGCUGGUCACCUUCCACGCGGACUGGUCGGUAGGGGGUGCUGGGGUGCGGGGGGCGUGGCGGGUCGUGGACACCUCUCACUGCCCCCACCACAACCUCACGAAGCCCCAGGGUGUGUUCGCCUCGCCUAACUUCCCGCAUUUCUACCUGGAGGACCUUCACUGCACCACCACCAUCACUGCCCCAGAGGGGCAUCGCGUGUGGCUGCAGUUCACGGUGUUCGAGGUGGGCGGCGCGGGCGUGGGCGCGGACGAGCAGGUGGAGGGCAAGGUGUGGGACCCGCCCCUAGCCACCCCUUCCACCUCAUCCACAGCGCCGGCGGGUGGAGACGGCAAGGCGUGUGAGCUGGACUAUGUGGAGGUUGUGUUGGGGUCCGGACCGGGUGAGUUUGUCCGUCUGUGCGGCCGCGUGGAGGAAGGCGAGGUGGGGAGGCUAAGCUACGUCUCCUACGGCGCCUCCCUCACCCUUAUCCUGCACACCACACACAGGGGAGGCGGCCGGGGGUUCCAGGCGACUUACUCCACGGGCACAAGCUUCACGCAGCAGGCCGUUCUGAAGCUAGGGGGGCGGGAUGGUCGGCUCCACGGCCUCAACUUCCCCCUCCCUCCCCCGCCCGCCGCUACUCUCGCCCGCCGCCUCGUCGCCCCUAUCGGACACCAGAUUGACCUCCACCUCCACCACGUCGCUGUCCUCGCCACCCCAGACGCCCCCUGCACUGCGGACUACGUGGAGGUGGAGGACUUCUACGCGGAAGGUCGAGGGGCAUUGUGGCGUGUGUGCAAGGUGGCGCCGGGCGAACCAAGCCAGCUCACCAUCCGUUCCACCUACAACACGCUGCUGGUGCGGGAGGUUCACCAGCCACCACCACCGAAGCCAAAGCCAAAUGGACAGCCCCUCACCACAGCCCCUACCCACCCUAACCCCUCUGUACCUGAAAGUAACUCCUCCUCUUCCUCUUCGUUUUCCUCGUCUUCUUCUUCUUCACGUGUGUUGCAGAAAGAGCCAUCUGUUGUGUAUCAAAAGGCUCUUCAUCGACGACGCUCUGCUCCUUCUCCUCCUCCUCCUCCUCCUCCUUCGUCUCCUCUUCCGCCUACUGUCCCUCAUCUUCCUCUUCCUUAUGCCUCCUCUGCUACUCAUACGAACUCUUCCUCAUCCUCAUCCUCAUCUGUUCCUAAUCCUAAUCCGCCUUCCCCGCUCACCACCACCACCUCCACCUCCACCAAGGCCCCCACACACCGCCUCCACCCACACCCACCGCCACACUACGCCCCCGCCCAUCACGCCGCUCCACCGAACUCCCACAACGCCGUGCUAUACAACUUCGGUCUCCACAGUCAUUCCUCGCCCCCCCCUUCCACCCUAUCCUCUCAUCCUCAAGUUGUUAUUUCCUCUUCCUCCUCCUCAUCAUCCCCCUCCCCCUCCCUCCAGCCUCUCUCCCCUCCGUCAUCGUAUUCUGUUCCUUAUUCUCCCUCUUCCUCCUCCUCCAUUGCCGCCUUCAGUAUAUCCUACAGUAUUGUACCAGAUCCCGAGUGGCUUAACAGGUCGCGGGGGGCUGGUGUGGUGGGGGGCGUGCUGGGGGGCGUAGGGGUGGGAGCGGGGGACGGGGCUGGUGUGGCGUGGUGUGACCCCUCCCCCUGCCUCAACCACGGGGUGUGCGUCGACGAAGGGAACAACCACACCUGUGUUUGCUCCGGGGGAUACACGGGGGCCUUCUGCCAGAUAACCUGGUGCGACGUGUCCCCUUGUCUGUACGGCCGCUGCCAGCCUGGAGGUGACGGGAACGGCGGGUUUCUGUGUGUGUGCGAGCCGGGCUACUCCGGACAACGGUGCCAGAUCCGCGUGUCCCCUUGUGAUGGUGACCCGUGCCAGAGCCGAGGGACCUGCACCGCCGCUAACCACACCUUCCAUUGCCAGUGCCAUGCGUGGUGGGAAGGUGAGCGUUGCCAGAACAGGAUGCUGAGGAUACCCUACAAGCCCUUAUCAGAAAGGAUCUUCGAGGAACCGUUCUGGCUGGGGCUCAUGACGGUGGCGGUGGUGAUGGGCUGCAUCGGCGUCAUCUUCUGCAUCAAGAAACACUUCGCCGAGAAAAUCGAGAAGUUCUUCGCGGAGGAGAUCGAAAGGAGCAAAUAUGGUACAAUGUCGCCAGCCCCCUCCCGCCUGGCGCCUCUUCCCAGCCCCACCGGCCUCAGCCCUCGCCCCCGCCCCAAGUCCCUGUUCGUCAGACUCAAUAGUUUUCGCAAAGCUUCGCUGCUUAGUCUGUCCUCCACCGCCUCCAGCCCACAGUGUGAUGCUCCAGCCUUUACCUUUGAUGAUUUGCUCAGACUCCACAAACGGACAGGCAGCGCUUCGGCGGGCCCCAGCAGCAGUCCACGCCGCACCAGUCACAAGAGUCGCUCGCAGACGGCCAGCCCGAGAGGCGAGAGCAAGAAGAUCCUGAGACACCUCGUGACUCCCCCAGUAGGUCACCGCGCCGCCAGCUUCGAUGAGUUCUUGCACCUACGCUCGCAGAACCCCAAAUGUAGUGUGGUUUCCCAGGAGUUCCAACGUUUGCAGGGGGACGGUGGUGACGACGCCUCCCUCCCAGAGACGGUGGCUGAGCGGACGAGGAGUGCGGACAUCGCCACGGAGCUGCUGCGGACGGAGGGAGCCGAGGAGGUGGCGGUGGCGGCGGCGUUGGUGAGGGAGACAUCCUUGACCUCCUUCGUGGCCUCGCCCUCCAAACACGACAAGAAGGUGACGUUCGCGAAGCUCCUCGAUAAGAUGUCCAAAGAGAUCAGUUCCUCCUCCUCCGACACGAGCUGCACGGAGGAGAAGUCACCGAGUAGAAUCUUCAGCCUGGGCGGCGUGCGGCGCUCUCCAAGACGCUCGCCAAGGAUCCGACAUACCCAGAGGUACAGCGGGUCGGGCAGCGAGGACGUGAUGGAGACACCUGAAGUCUCGUCCUCGGAGAUGACCCCAGACCCUCCCAAGCGGCUGCUGUCCGUGAAGUCUUCGUCCUCCCCAUCCUCCAAGACCUCGUCCCCGCAGAGCCGCACGAAGAUGGUCAAGAUCUCUUCGGCGGACUCCCUGCUGGCCAUGUUUAAGAGUCUUGGCGGGUCGGGGCGAGGCAGUAUCUCCAACCCGCCCAGUCCUCACGGUUCAGAGCUCGAGGACUCCUCCGCCCACGCUUCGCCCUCCACCACGCCCACCACCCCUCAGAAGGCGCUGCCCCAGGUGAAGCAGGACACCCUUACCGUCCCCGGCACCCUCCAAGUACAGGUGCAGGGAGCAGGCGGGGCCGCACAGCACCCCGGCCCCGUCAUCACCCUGGAGGUGCCUGCUGGGGACCAGCACCGCUGCCUCUCGCCCAUCACGGAGCUGCCCACGCCCGUGCCCACGCCCGUGCCUUCGCCGCUGCCCACGCCCUCCCGGUAUCGACCCAAAAUGCGAACCAGCUCGGAGUCAAAUGACAACAAGGACAGCGAGGACACCGAGUCCGAGUUUUCGCUGUCCAUCUCGGUGGAGAGGAGUAGUUCAGACAGCUCGGGACCCGACCACCGCAUAUUCUUCACACCGCCGCGAGGCAUGCGGAGCACGGGGAGCCUCGGAGCCGUGGGCCCCGCCCCUCGCCGCCCUGGAACACUGUCGCCCACCAUCACACCCUCUUCCUCUCUGUCAUCCAGGACGCCGUCACCCAUCACCUCGCCCGUCACCUCGCCUGCCACCUCGCCCAAGAUCAAGACGAAGCCACCGCCGCUGCACAUCCCCGGGGCCAACGUGCUGCUCUUUUCCGGCGAGAAGAGUGGCGCAGCUGUCGGCAGCAGAGGUGCUGGAUGCGGCAGAGGCGCUGGAGGCGGCAGAUGCGCUGGAGGCGGCGAGGGGUUCGAGAUCGGCUUAGUAGUACCAGUCAUCAAGGUGGAGGACAUAGACGAGGGCAAGUGGCAGCCUCCACCGCCGCCGCGACCCCGCGCCUUCAGUGUCGACGGCGGUGCCAUCAUGAGCAUGCCGCUCAUCACCGUGUCUCCCGCAGAGGAGCCGCCCGCUGCCCCCGCCGCCACGCUGUCGCCGCCCGCCACACAGCCCAUGGUCAUUCCUACCCUCAACGUGACCUUCGCGUCGCCGCCCGCCCUCAGGAAGCCCAUUGUGCCCACCAUCAGCGUGGAAGAGCCCGAGUCGGCCCCCCACCCUCCCUCCCGCCGCCACCACCACCACCUGCAGCAGCAGCGGGGUAAGGGCGGCUCUUUGGACCUACCGCCGGCGCCCGCCAUCACCGUGACGGCCACCAACAGCGAGGUGGAGUCAGACACGGACUCCCCUACCGGCAUGUGCCGCCCCGGGGGGCCGCCCUCUUGCUACCUCAGCCCCUUCCUCGGCGUGGACCUGCGCGCCUCUGAGUCCAACCUGAGCUCGUCUGGCUACAGUUCUGCUUACUCUCCGGGCCCCUCUCGCUGCUCCUCGAGUAACCCGCUCUUCCCGGAUGAGCCCAUCACGCCCUCCCACUCUGCGCUAGGCCCGCGGCCCCUCACCCUGCCGCCGGCGCCGCCCGACGUCUGUCCGCCGCCCAGAACCAAAAGACGCCCACUUCUCAAGUCUCCCCCCGCUGAAGCGUCCUCCGUGGAUGUUGUGACCUGUCCACUGCUGAGAACCGACUCGGAAACCACCGACGACCCGGCAGCUUCUCAGCCUGAGGCGGAUUCAGCUCUUGAGCUGGACACCAAUGAUGAGUGUAGCGACAGCGUGGUGGGCGGCGGCGGCGGCGUUGAUACAGAAACGUGUCUAGAUGACGAGGCAGAGGCACAGCGUCACCGGCUGCUGCUGUCCUCAAGCCACUCCUUCCCCAAGGAGUCUCCGCGCCUCGCCCGCUCCCCGCCCGCCAUCGUGGUGCACUCGUCCCUGCAGAGCGAGUCGUCGCUCGAGGAUCAGGUCCUCGGUGAGCGGCCGGCGCGGCUUAGCCCCGUCAGCUCCCGCAGUGAGUCUCCAAUAAGCGACUCGCGGCUCAGUGUGGUCAGGAUCUACCCAGCAUUUUUCGGCGUGAAUACAAAGUCCGAGUUGCCCUACACGGACUCCGAUGGCCUCUAUGACUGCCCGUCGUCCGAGGUCCUGCACUCAGACUCCCACGCGUCCGGAUCGCCUCUCAAGCGUCUCGGGCGUAAGAGGCUAAAACGGUCCGCCGGGAAGGGCCUGCGAUCCCUCCUGGGGCUCGGCUCCAGCGAGGGCGGGGCGGGCGGCGGCGGAGGCGGGGGCGCGGGCACGGGCACCGGGGCGGGGGGCGUUGCUGGCCAGAAGACCCGCUUGGAGCCCCCAUCCUGGGAACGCUCCCCCCGCCGCCACUCCCCUAAGCGCCGUGUACGCGCACAAACCAGCGUCGACCUGCUCUCCUCCUCCAACGAGUCCAUCACCUCCACCAGCCUGGCGGGGAGCAGCUCAGGCCCUGGGGAGACGACGAAGCAGCAGGAACAGCAGCAGAAACAGCAGAAGCAGCAACAGCAGCAGCAGCAGCAGAGGCGGGAGAGCUGGUGGUCAUCGGGAGGGGGUGGCGGCGGCAGCAACAGGCGGCGACGACCUUUGCUUCGAACGGAGUCGAUUCCACUGAAGUACUUGCCACGCCAAGGCUCCGUCGACGCUUCAGGAGAGGAGACGCAGGAGGAACAGCUGAUGCUUAAGCCGGGGCGGUCCAGCGACGAGGUGCCCCGACACAGGAAAAUCUCACGCUUCCGCUCCUUCGGGAAUCAGAUCAGGAAGAAACACAACAAGAGACUUAGGCAGACGCGGGGUGGAGGAGGAAGUGGAGAAGGAGGUGGAGGAGGAGAGGAAAGAGGUGGAGGUGGAGGAGGAGGAGUGGAAGGAUGGCGGGCGGAUCUACUUCUGUUGUCACUUGAAGGUUCCUGCGGCGCCUCCAGCUGUCCCACACCAACAAGGACCACCUGGUGUCCCCGGCCGGAAGCUCUGACUCCGACCCAGAAUGUGGGCCUCCUGCGGGCGCCUCGAUGUGUGCCGCCCGCGGCCCGGCGCCCCACGUCAAGUACAUGGCCGUGACGGAGCCACCCGAGGCGGACCCGCCUUCCCCUUGAGCCUGGCGGCCGCUCAGCCACACCGCCAAGUGACCUUGCGGGCAGCACCACCCUCGCUGGCCCGCCGCGUGAGCCUCACCACACCACAACGAACAGCGUCGCGCCGUAGAUCAACAAGUCGCCGCCGCCUCUGCCUUCGCCACCAGUCGGCUGACCGAAAGAAGGAGGGCAAAAGGGAAGCCAACGCCAGCGCUGCCGCCGUGGCCAGUUUGUGGCCAGGACUGCUGGAGCCUCUGCUCUGCCUCCCGCUCGUGACGCCCUCGCCGGGAAACCGCUGCCCUGCAACCUUCAUGGCCGGACGCGGUGGCAUGUCUGUAAACACUGUUUUUAUGACUCAUGGCUUUCCAGCGUCAUGUGGCCGGUGGGAGGGAAGGGGGAGGGAGGGGUGGCUCGCCCACCCCCUCACCCUUCCCCCUCGCCGAGAAGAGAGGUGUCUUGGCAGGAGGCUGGGCAGCGGCAGUGCACCCCUAGGCGGCAGGUGGUUCAGACCAGCAGCCGCUUGGCCCGCCGGCAGCAGCAGCAGCAGGACGCGUGCCAAGGUCUCGUAACUAUGCACACAACUCAUUGAUUGGUGUCGUUCGUUCCUCGUGUAAGACAAUAAGUGAAUAAGCAACAAGACAUAGACUUCACUGAAGGAGCAAGGAGCGGGGCACCGGAGCGGAACAGACAAACCGACUCGUUCACGGAUGUGUUGGUUCAUUCCCUGGUUCGUCUCGCUGUUCCGCAUUCCAGUGGUAAGAAAAAACUUGGUGUCUUUCUUAAAAAAAGAAUAUGUAUGUAAACUUAAGGUUCAUAAAAGUUAUUCUUUCACAAAAUAUAAAUAUAUUUUUCUCUCUGUCGUUGUCGUUUUUCCGUGUCUAUAACUUUUCCGUGUUUUUUUUUUUUUUUUUUGAGUUUUCGUAAGAAAGUAACGUGCGUGUGUGUGUGUGUGUGUGUGUUUCUUCGUCGUCUGUUUUUCUUUCGUUACUUAUGAGUCUUCACAAAUAGUACGUGUCUCUGUGUCUUACUUAUUCCAACCAUGUAUUGGUUAUCGUCCGUGUGUGUGUGUGUGUGUGUGUGUGUGUGUGUGUGUGUGUGUGUGUGUGUGUGUGUGUGUGUGAGCGCGCAAAUAGCAACAAUGUCUUUUUUUUUUUGCAAGGUUAUAAAUUCACAUUGUGCUGUGUGUGUGUGUGUGUGUGUGUGUGUGUGUGUGUGUGCACGCAUAAAAAAAUAUUAUAUGGAGUCUAUUUUUACAACUAAUACUAUAACUAAUUUCUCUCUCUCUCUCUCUCUCUCUCUCUCUCUCUCUCUCUCUCUCUCUCUCUCUCUCUCUCUCUCUCUCUCUCUCUCUCUCUCUCUCUCUCUCUCUCUCUCUCUCUCUCUCUCUCGUGCAAGUAGGUAAGGAAAAUUGAUAUUCACAAAAAAUACGUAAUAUAUUUUUUUGAUUUCUGAAAUUAUCGAAAACUGGCCUUAAGUGUGUGUGUGUGUGUGUGUGUGUGUGUGUGUGUGUGUGUGUGUGUGUGUGUGUGUGUGUGUGUGUGUGUGUGUGUGUGUGAAGAGUACGCACACAGCCUCCCCUCACAACCUGUCUAUUUUAUCUAUUAUACUUUAGCCACUGUGUUCCUCAUGCCUUUAUUCAUUUGUACAGCCUGUCGUUCAUUCAUUUAUUCACUCGUUCAUUUUCAAUCAUUUAUUAAUUCAUCACAUUAUUAUUAUUAUUAUUAUUAUUAUUAUUAUUAUUAUUAUUAUUAUUAUUAUUAUUAUUAUUAUUAUUAUUAUUAUUGUUAGUAGGAGUAAUAGUAAGAUUUUUUUAUGGAAGAGUAAGCACACAUUCCCUAUUUUAUGCCAAAGAUUAAGACGUAAGAAGAUAAUCGGCAAUGCUUUCAAAAAUUCAAUGGAAAAAGAAUGUUCAUUAAUAUUAUCAAUUAAAAUUUUCUCACGGUUCAUUUUCCUCUAGUAUGGAGUAUGGCGCCAACAUGUUACCUGGAGUUACUUGCUUUCAGAGGCUCAAAAACUAUCCAAAUUUCGGUUUAUUGUUUCAUCACUUCGUUUCCUCACGGUUUUAUCUGCCAUGUUUUUAUUUGCAUUAAUAGUUUCCUCUCCAAUGGGUAACUUCCAAAACAAUUCUUAUGCAGAGGGCAGCACUGUGCUUCCUGGCCCGUUGACCGACCGUUUUAUUGCUUUCAUUUCGAUAUUCAUAUUUUUUUCACAUUCAAUCCCUAAACCCUUUUAUUUUUUCUCGCGUAUCGAUAUUGUGAUGAAAAUUUGUGUCGAUGACUUAUUUUCUUCUGUUUUGUAACCUCAUUUUUUCGUUCUUUGUGAGGUGGUGGUGGUGGUGGUGGUCACAGAAUAAUGGUAGUGGUUGUCAUGGUUUAAGUUUUUUGGGAUGGUUGUGAUAAUAUGAUGACGUUAGAAGAUAAUGAACCGGAGACAGUAGUGGUGGUUGUCAUGGUUGUGGAGGUGGUAUUGAUGAUGAUGGUAGUGAUAAUAUGGUGAUGAUGGUGGUUAUCGUAAUUGUAAUGGUAGUGAGUGGUAGAGUGAGAAUGCGGUGGUGGGAAUUGAAGAUGGUUGUGUUGGUGGUGGUGAUGGUGGCAAGAUUACGAUGGUGGUAGUCGAAAGUCGGAUGGCAAUGGUGGUGGUUGUGGUUGUGAUUGUUGUUGUGAAUAUGCAAUGGCUGUAGUGGUCAUGGAAUGGUUGUUGGUGUGGUAGUGGAGGAGUGGUGGUGAUUGUGGUGGAGUAUGACAGACAUAAUGAUGGGAAUGGUAGUGGUGGUGACAUUGGCCACGCCUGGUGUAACGGGGUUGUAUUGGUAGUUGUGGUACGAGUAGUUGUGGUCGUGGUUUUGAUGGUUACGUUUUUUUUAAAGAUAAUUAAUCAAAUAUGAACUGCUGAAGAAGGACACUUGUGAUAUACUACUGUACAUACAUACAACCUUAAUAAUGAUUAAUAAUAAUAACAAUAAUGUUAAUGAUAAUGAUAAUUAUGAUAUCUUUCUCCCCCUUCAUAUUUUUUGUCUCUAAUAAAGUUCGUAAAUAAAUAUUGCCUGUGGCGUUUUGA